CCUCUCACGCCUCCUCCGUCCAUUCUACCCAGUACUGUUCCUGCCAGGGCCUGAUGUCAGCUGACCAUCCGACAUGCAGCCGGUGACAAAUGCUUCGGCCGUGGCGACAGCAGAUGUUCCCAGCAGCACCGACUCCCAACCACACGCCGAUGCCGACACAGCAGGCAGUGGCAAGCGCCAGAAGUCCCGCCAUAGAGCGUCUGUAGCUUGUGCAACAUGUCGUGAACGACGAAUCCGGUGCGUCGUGCCGCCGGGCAGCGCCGAAUGCCUUCAAUGCACCAGAGCGCGCACCGAAUGCAUCAUUAAGAAUGACGAUGAGAGACGGCGACCGAUCUCGAGAGCCUACAUGAGCGCACUGACAGACCGCGUGUCGAUGCUUGAGUCCAUGCUCAGAGAUAAAGGCGAAGCUCUGCCGCCUGUCGUCUAUCCACCCAAGACGACCAGGGGAACGUUACAUGCAGAUGGAGACGACUCGCCCCUUCGCCCGGCACCUGUGCAGAGCCAUCCUGGAGCCAAGCAUGAUUCGCCAGCCCCAGAGGAACCAAGUCCAACAAGCGUGCCAGAUGAAAGCUAUGAGGCCUCUCAUCUUGCAUCGUCGGCCAGCACAGAGAAUCGGAGUGAGCGAGACGGAAGCGCUGGGACGCCAAUGGAUGCCAAGACAGAUGGCCUGGUCAACCGGCUGCUGUCUACUCGCGGGCAUCUGUCAUUCGACCAGCUUUCUGGCCGCCUAAGGUUCUACGGAGGCACUGUCAAUUGCCACAUCUAUUCUGAGCUGGAUCUUGACGAGAGCAAGAGUACUCGCGAGAGUGCCGAGCAAGCUCGACGAGCAGAAAAGAUCAUCCGAACGCUGCCCAUCGAAACUCAUGACUACCUGAUGCAACUCUUCUGGCAGCAUUACAACUCAGUCUUACAUGUGGUUCACGAAGAAGCCUUCAACGAAGAUUGCGAACACGGUAGAACUCAGUUCUACUCCGGCUUUCUGCAUGUAUGUAUUCUAGCCAUGGGCUACAGAUUCUCGGACAAGACCCGCCCCGACAUGCAACGCAUUGCUCUGCCAGACCGCGAAAGUACGCUCCAUCGCGAAGCCAAGUAUAUGCUCGACCUGGAGUUGGAACGACCUGGUGGAAUCCCGUCCAUUGCUGCGCUGUUGAUCCUCGGUGAUCAGGAAGUAGGAGUCGGGCGCGACAAUGCAGGCUGGAUCUUCUCCGGAAUGGCCAUGCGCCUUUGCUACGAUAUCGGUCUGCAGCUCGACAGCAGGAACGCCGGAUUGUCGCAGAGAGAGAUGGACAUCCGACGGAUGACAUUGUGGGCGUGCGUCAUCUACGAUCGCUACUGGAGCUUGUUCCUCGGAAGACCUUUGACGAUGAAGAGCGUCGAUCUUGAAGUCUACUCGUUGGCCGAUCAGUUCGAGAGACUUGGCACAUGCAUGCCCGCAGGACCAAGCAAGAGCUUGCAUACGCGUAUAUAUGAAGCUCUGAUCGAGCUCAUGGAGAUCGCGGGCAAGAUCGUGGAAUAUGCGGAAUUUCGAAAGUCACACGAUAAUGUCCAGGGGCCGGACCAAGCAGCGUACUUCAAGAUGGCCACGCUCGAUCGAGAGAUUCACAACUGGGCAUCGCGACUCCCUCCGGAGCUUCGCUACACCGAGGAGAAUCGCACAGAUGCGCCACUGUCGUUCUUUCUCCUGCAUCAGCAGUACCAUGCUAUUUUAAUACUGCUCCAUCGUCCGUUCGCUCGCUACGACGAUCCAAAUGGUGGAGAUACGGAGGAGGUCAACACUCUGGACAGCCACUUCUCCAAGGCUAGUCGAGCAAUAUGCACAAAGUCCGCCGUAGCCAUGGCUCGUAUAUUUUGGCAACAUCGACAGCGGUACGACGGAAAGCAGAUCUUCUGCAUUGGAAUGCAGCACGCCGGUGCAGCGUCCCAAGCGCUGAUCGCAGCAUUGGCUUACAUGCCAGAUGCCACAGAUCGCAACAAUAACAUGCAGUACCUCGAGGUCUUGCAUGCCGCAUUACAAGAUAUGGCUCAUGCUUACCAGCCCGCCGAAAGGAUGGCAGCAGUCUUGAACGCAUGCAUGGUCGAAUUGCGA